AUGACGCUCGCGCGCUCCCCCGCGCGCGUCGCCGCGCCGGUCCAAAUCACCGCGAAGCAGACGCUCGAGGGCAAGGUCGUGAGCGUCGGCUUGGAGAAGAGCGCGGUGAUGCAGGUCGCGAGGAAGGUUCCGCACCCGAGGUACCUCAAGCUCAUCAACAAGACGAAGAAAUUCACGUUCCACGACGAGGACAACUCGUGUCAGGUGGGGAUGGUCGUUCAGAUCGAGGCGUGCCGGCCGAUGAGCAAGAGCAAAAAGUUCACGCUGAAGAAAAUCUGCUCCGACGCGGGAUGCGCCGCGGAGUGA